GCUGGUGAGCGACGCCAUCUUGUCGAACGCCGCCCCGGGGCCGCCAUGUCGGUGAGGAGCAGUCACCGCCACGGCCACUGUCCAAACCCCUGCGUCGCGGCGCGCUCGCCCGCCCGCUCCCGAGCCUCGGCCGCCGGCGGCGAGUAGAGACUAGCGUGGCGGCGCCGGCCGCGGCCGCGCCCGUGUUUGCAGAGAGCCCAUCUCUCUGGCGUGGUUGUUAACAGACUGGAAAGUCUGUGUCUGUGUCGCUCACUAGUAACCGUGAGUUUUUACCGCCUCGUUACGGCGGGCGGCCGGGGUCCCGCGCCCCGCAGACCGGCCCGCAGCCCCGCCCCGCUCCUGACCAAACAUGACAGACUGUGAACACGCAGGGCGCGGCAGAGAAGAUGGUGAAUUAGAAGACGGUGAAAUUGAUGAUGCAGGAUUUGAAGAAACACAAGAACAGGAAGAGGAUGAGAAGCAGAAAAAUGAGAAAGCCUACAGAAAAUCAAGAAAAAAACACAAAAAAGAAAGAGAAAAGAAAAAAUCCAAAAGGAGAAAACGUGAGAAACAUAAGCAUAAUUCUCCAUCUAGUGAUGACAGUUCAGACUACAGCCUUGAUUCAGAUGUCGGACAUACAGAAAGUUCCCACAAAAAAAGAACUGGUUUCUACAGGGAUUAUGACAUUCCAUUUCCUCAGCAUGGGCACAUAUCAGGAAGCUACGCGACAUCAAGGAGGAGUCAAUAUAACAAAAAAUUUAAAAGUAAAGAAUAUGGUGAGUACAGUACCUACAGUGAUGACAACUUCGGUAACUACAGUGAUGACAACUUCGGUAACUACAGUCAGGAAACAGAAGAAGAUUUUGACAGUCAGCUCAAACAUUACAGACAAGCUAAAGAACCCUCCAGUAUUGCUUUAGGAUCAUCAUUUUUUAAAGAACCAGGGAAAAAACAAAGAAUGAAAGGAAUUCAGCAAGGUACUGAACAGAGGCUUAAAAGUUUUAAUGUUGGUCGUGGACGAGGUUUGCUGAAGAAAAUCAAACGCAAAGACCGUGGGGGAAGAGUCAGUAAAGGGCCCAGUAUGUUUUCAGGAAUGGAUGACUUUCAAGAGUAUAAUAAACCAGGGAAAAAAUGGAAGGUGAUGACUCAGGAAUUUAUUAAUCAGCACACAGUGGAACACAAAGGAAAACAAAUCUGUAAAUACUUUCUGGAAGGGAGAUGUAUUAAGGGAGAUCAAUGUAAAUUUGAUCAUGAUGCAGAGUUGGAGAAGAGGAAAGAGAUCUGCAGAUUUUAUUUACAAGGAUAUUGUACGAAAGGGGAGAACUGUAUUUACAUGCAUAAUGAAUUUCCAUGCAAGUUCUAUCAUAGUGGAGCAAAAUGUUACCAAGGAGACAAGUGUAAAUUUUCACAUGAUGAUUUGACAAAAGAAACGAGGAAACUUUUGGACAAAGUGUUGAACACUGAAGAGGACCCCACAAAUGAGGAUGAAAGAGAGUUAGAGGAACUUAGGAAGCGUGGCAUAACCCCUCUUCCCAAACCACCUCCAGGAGUGGGGCUCCUGCCAACCCCAGCAGAGCACUUUCCCUUUUCUGAUCCUGAAGAUGACUUUCAGACAGAUAUCUCUGAUGAUUUCAAGAAAAUCCCAUCUCUUUUUGAAAUAGUUGUAAAACCUACUGUGGACUUAGCACAUAAGAUUGGGAAGAAACCACCAGCAUUUUAUAGCAGUGACUCGCCACCAGGACCACAGUAUCAGGAAAGCAGCCCACAUCCUCAGCAUAUCUACAGUUCUGGGUCAAGUCCAGGUCCCGAACCUAAUAUGUCUCAGGGACACAGUAUUCCUGUGAUGCACUCAGGCUCCCCUAGACAUCAUCCAUGUGCAGGACCUCCUGGCCUACCAGUGCCACAGAGCCCACCUUUGCCACCCGGUCCACAUGGAGCUGGAGUAAUUGUUCAACCAGAUGCAUCUUUGACAGUACCAAGUAUGAGUGGUGCUUACCAUUGUCCGGGCUUUCCAGAACACAUGAUGAAAGUACCCAGAGAGAAUCACGGUUCUCCAGGCUCAUCACACCUGCAAGGUUCUGGUGAAAUGCAGCUCAACACCAGUUAUGAGUCCCUACAAAACCCCGCUGAGUUUUAUGAGAAUUACUAUUCUCAGCAUGGUGCACCUAAUUUUCAGCCACCCACUAACUCUAGUGAUGGGAUGUGGCAUGACGAGUUUGCUCAGCAUCAGCCUCCCAUUGUUCAAGACUCACCUAACCGUGGGAGUGGGUGUGAUGGCAGCAGCAGCAUGACAGGCCAUGACCCCCUGCCUGCACCAGGCCUCCUCCCUGCAGUGCAGAGAGCUCUUUUUGUCAGACUUACUCAGAAAUACCAAGACGAUGAAGAACCAAGCAGCACCCACCCUCACAGGGCAUCUAGCAAAGAAGAAGAUGAUCCUGUUAACUGGUAUUCCAGUAGUGAAGAGGAUGAAGGGAGCAGUGUCAAGGCAAUCCUGAAAACGUUACAGAAACAAACAGAAACUUUAAGGAGUCAGCAGCAGUCUUCCUUGGAACUUGGCACUCCUACUGAUCCAAGACUUGCUAAAGAGAAGAGUAAAGGUAACCAGGUGUCUGACCCUCGACUUAGGACCAUCCCAAGACAAGACAUUAGAAAGUCUUCUGAGUCUCCCGCACAGGGUCUCAGACUCGUGUGGGAUCCCAGGAAACCAAGAGGAAACGGAAGUGGGCAGGUGAGCUCCUCUGCUGGCGCAGCAAAGUGCGAUUUACAUCAUGCACAUUCUGGCGCUAACAUCAAACACAAGAGAGGAGAUGAUGAGGAAGAGGACACAGAACGAGAACUGAGAGAAAAGGCUUCCUUAAUACCCCUGGACUCUCCCCCCGGGGCAGUGCUCCAGGACCCACGGUCGCAGCUGAGGCAGUUCAGUCACAUUAAAAUGGAUAUCAUACUCACCAAGCCCAAUUUCGCAAAACACAUCGUGUGGGCUCCAGAGGACUUACUUCCAGUCCCUUUACCAAAACCGGACCCCGUCUCUUCAAUCAGCUUACCUCUGCCCCCUCUUAUAGCUGACCAGAGGCUAUGGAAUUCGAAAAGCGAUCUCCAUCAAAGCAUAGUUCCCCUGGAUUCAAAAUUGGCAGUCAAAGCCAAAAUUAACACAACAAGCAGAGAAGGCUACCUGGAACCAUUUGGGGACUUGCACAGCUCAGCAAGUAAAUUGGGAGACCCCAGGCUACAAAAAAAAUGUGAUCCGAGACUUCACAGACUGCACAACACAGUGUCUCAGCAAGCAGUUACGAAGGAGUCACAUACACCAAAGUGUGCCCCUCACUUGGCCAGGUCAAGCCCUGGUGCAUCGCAGCCCUCGGCGGCAGUAACCAGCAACUCUGGGCCUGGGGUUUUGCCUCCCUACACUCCUAAACUGUCGCCUUCAGCUGGUGUUCCACUGGGGACUCCAAGUUCAGUUCUCAGUGGUAUUAGUUUGUAUGACCCUAGGGAGCCUGGCUCAUCAUCUGCACCAGAGCCAGCAACGGAAAAUGCAGAGAACCAGAAAAAAAGUGGUGGUUUAAAAGGCAGUGACAAAAAUGAGCACGCUCCUGGAGAAGCAGCCCUGCCACAGAAAACCACUGCCGACGCGGAGGCCACUGUCCAUGGGCCAGCCGACGCACCGGCCCAUGUCCCCAGCAGCUCCUGUGCAGGCCAGGUCCCCGCAGUGCACAGCCUUCCUGUACAGGCGUUAGCAGGCUUAAUGAGACCCCAGUACAGCGAUCCCAGGCAGUCCAGGCAGCUGGGACAGCUGAGCCCCACCCCAGAGGAUAACCCCAGUGGGGAAACAGAUGACAAAUCUCUGAAAGAGGUUUUUAAAACUUUCGAUCCAACUGCUUCACCAUUUUGCUAGCUACUGUGUAAUUAAGCAGUUCUUUUCAGUCUCGUGACCAUCGCAGUCCUCGCUGUUUUGUAACUGGUUUACCUCUAUAGUUUAUUUAUUUUUAAAUUAUGAACACUUUUCAGCUGCUAGUAUCAGAACCACAUGAAGUUAUAUCCUCUAAAGGCUGUGGUAUUUUAUAUAAUAUUUUUAUAAAUUUAAGAGACUGUAGCAAGUGACAUAGAAACCUAUAUAUCAUGUUAGCUUCAGUAAAAAUACUUUUUUUGUAAAUAAACCAUCAUGAACUGGACACUCUGCCUGAAUAUAUGCCAGUUGUCUUUCUUAAUCAAUGUUUAGAUAAAUGAUUACCACUUUUAUAUGGUUGUUCAUUUCAAGCAAUAUGAUGUAUAUUACUUUUGGGAAACAGUAUUUUGACUAGGAUCCUUUCUGUCAACACAUAACUGCUAACAAAAAUGUAAAAUGAAAUAAAACAUUUUAAAUCAUAGCAGAACAGUUCAUAUUUAAGGGCAUCACUUUUAUUAAUGUGGGCAAUAUUACUUGUGUAAAUGAAGCAUUUGAAUGUCAUAUCUUUUAAAAAAUAUUUUAUUGUAUCAUAGAAGUUAGAGAUAUAUAAGUAGAUUGUUUUGCUGAAGUGAAAAUUCGCAAGUUCUCUGACAUACCUUUUUACAGUUAAUUUUCAUAUUAAAUAGUUAUGAGUUACUGCUGUCACCUGGUGAUGUUUAUGUGUGCUCAUGUGUUUUGUCUUUAGCAGCAUAAUUUAUAUUACUUUUUCAAAUGAUGUAGCUACAAUAAUUGUAUUCAUCAUGACCUUGGCAAUUUUUACAAACUCUUAAAGAUUCAGUGAAAGUCUAUCGUGAUUAUUGCAUUGAUAAUGUUUUAAGUGUCCAGAUUCCAUAUUUUUUUAAAUAGCAAGAAAACACAGAGAUAUUGUGGUCAACUGUGUGGCUGCCAAUAAAAAACUUUCAGAUCUCA